UUUGAUGAAAGUGCAGAAACUUUCCGCGAGACUGUAGUUCACACUUCCGCCCUCUGACUCGGAUCAUUACUGAAGCUUAUCAGCCAUUAACCUCUGCACGUUCAGCGCCGACGACAGGCUCGUUACGCGGAAAUAACCGCGCAACAUGGAGGUGAAGGAGGAGGAGCAGCGGCGGCAGGUGGAGGAGCAGGUGGAGAGGCUGCUGAGCGGUCAGGGGUCAGAGGUCACCGGGUACGACGUGGGCCUGGAGCAGAGCAAACCGGCAGCUCUGAGGAAGACCGUUACCUACAUCGUCUGCGCCGUCAUCUUCAACGAUGAGGAGGAGGUGCUGAUGGUGCAGGAGGCGAAGCAGGACUGUUACGAGCAGUGGUACCUGCCUGCGGGGCGGGUGGAGGUGGGGGAGAGCCUGGAGGAGGCGCUGAGGAGGGAGGUGAAGGAGGAGGCGGGGUUUGACUGCGAGCCAAUCACCUUACUGCUGAUCCAGGAGCAGGGACCACAGUGGAUCCGCUUCAUCUUCCUCGCCAAAGUCACAGGUGGGAGUAUAAAGAGUCUGUCGGCGGCAGACCGGGAGUCUCUUCAGGCCUCCUGGUGGGACAGACGGUCUGUCCUCCCUCUCAGAGGACGAGACAUCCUCCGUCUCAUCGACUGCGGACUCAAGUACCGUCAGGAUCCCUGGCAUCCUGUCACGUUACCUGUAGACAUGAGCUGCCGUCACGUGGUGCAGAGACUCGUCCUGGUCUUCACCAACGCUCAGGAGCAGGUCUGGGUUCUGCUCAUCAAAGCCCCGGUGCUCCACCUCCCCACAGCGGCGGCGGUGAAGACCCAUGCGGUGACCUGGGCAUCCAACAUGGUGGUGCAGGACGCCAUGCCAUCAGCGUACUACGACCAAAACGUCAGCACGCUGGGCGUCUUCAGCCUGCAGCACAACGGCCGGCAGCACGGGAAGACGGACGGCAUGUGCUUCAACACGCUGGUGGCGCUGGUGCCCGACCGCGUCCAUCGCAACGAGGACGGAGAGAAGGUGGAGUGGACGGGGACGGGGCAGCCUCCACCUGUGGAAAACCCUCGAUACGUCUGGCAUGAAGUCCAGAAACAAACCCUGAGAGAGAAACUGCUGAAAAAGACCAAGAACACCUCCAUCUUACCCAUCCACAGCCUCUACUGACCAAAACACACUAUACAUCGUUCACCUCUGGGACGUUAGAGGACUCUUAUUGUGAAAGGAUCACAUUAACUGUUGGCUUUAAGGGAGGAGCUUUUAUUCUGAAAGAAAAUGUCUAAUUUAUUAGUUGGAUUGUAGAGUUUAAAUGUGAACGGAGCAAUAAAAUACUACUAUUUA